AUGUCGGAAGAAGUAUACUGCCGGUUAUGUGCGAUGAAGAUACAAAAUUAUAUAAAAAUUUAUGGAGAAGAGGGAGAAAAAUUGAAUCUAGCUACCAAGAUCAUUCAGUGUUUACAGAUUUGGCUUUACCCUGAAGAUGUACUUCCAAAAACAGUUUGCACCGAGUGCUGUUCAAAAAUUAAUCUAUUUUUUGAAUUUUCCCAAACCUGCUCACAAUCUCAAAUAUCACUUAUGACAAUGUAUAAAGAGAAAGAAGAGGAGAUAAAUGAUCCGCAAGUGAUAGAAUAUACAGAAAUGAGUUGUGAAAACAAUUUUGAUCAUGACUACGAUGGUAGUACAAUCUGUGUCAAAGAAAAUACCAACGAUUACACAGAUCUGGUUUCACCAGAAAAAGCAACAUCCAAAAGAAAACUUCGUACCCCUAUAAAGCACUCUGAAUUGGAAGAGCAAAAUGAUGAGCAGACUAAACCUUUAAUAUCGGAACAAACCAUAGAGGAGAUCGAUCAAUCUGGGCAAUCAGCUGUUGAGAAGAAGGAGAGGAAAUGUAAAAGGAUCUCGACCUUGGACCAUUUAGGAGAGGAAGAUGAUGGGGCUGAUGAUCCAGAUUAUCUUUCAGAGGCGGAGGACGAGACCAGGACCAGUGGAAAAGGGCUGGAUGGAUAUAUUUGGAAGUGUAUUACGUGUUUGGCUGAGCUCAACACAUUGUCAGAGUUGCGCAGACAUCACGCAGAGGUUCACAAUCAAGCUCCUGUGUUUGCCUGUGUAACUUGCCCAAAGAGCUACACCCGCUACCGCAGCUUUGCUAGACACGUCAAGACGCAUAGCGAACCAAAGAAAUUCGCGUGUGAUGUUUGUAACAAGAGCUUCUCACAGAAGACAGUGCUACAGGCGCAUGCAGCUGUACACAGUGAUGAGAGACCUCACGCUUGUCCACAUUGUGACAAGACAUUCAAGCAGUUCAGUUCUCUCUACAUACACAGCAAGUGUCAUCUGCCGGAGCAGGUUAGGGAGAAGUUUCAAUGCUCGUACUGCCCCAAAGAGUUUGCCACCAAGCACACACUUGAGAUUCAUAUCAAGAUGCACACAGGGGAGCGCAACUUUGUCUGUGACAUUUGUGGCAAGAGAUUCGUCGCAAAAGGCAGUCUGGACUAUCACAUUCUGACUCACACCGAUGCAAAGCCUUAUUGCUGCCAAGCUCCUAACUGCGGGAAAGGGUUCAAGACGGCUCGACUUCUAGCCAAGCACGAGACUGUACACUCGGGCAUCAAACCUCACCAAUGUGAUGUGUGUGGCAAACAGUUCCGUGAGCGUGGCGCACUCAGGGAGCACAAUAGGAUACACACAGGGGCAAUGCCUUACUCUUGUGAAUACUGCGGCAAGCUGUUCCGCUUCAAGGGCAUCCUCACGGUAAUGGUCAACUUGUGUGAGAUUACAGAAUUGUCAUUAUCGUUGUUAUUUUAGGUUAUAAUUUGUUGAAGAACCCACCAGGGUUGCCACCCGUCCCAAUUCUGCCGGGACAGUCCCGAUUUUGGUUCCUUAUGCCCGUAUUUAAGCCUAUG